AUGACGGAGUGCCCGGCGGUCCUCGACCUCGCCCGGUCGAUGCCCCCGGCGAGGCCCCCUCACGCACGGCGUCCGCGCCCGCGCUACGGAGCCAUGCGUCGUACUCGCUGGCUCCCGGGCUCUCGGCAGCCAACAACCAUGGCCACGCACGGCAUGGCUGGUUGCCCGGCCCAGGCGGUCGACCAACGCAUGCUCCUAGCCAAGAGCGAUUUGGCCGAGAGAAAGCAACGGGAGUCGGCGUCCUCGACGACCGAAGCGCGCGAUGCAGCCCUCGCGCCGUCGUCGCCGACCGCAACAGGCCGUAGCCGUUCCUGGCCGCGUCCGCGCCGCUCCCCGGCCUCCGCGGCCGCGCCGAGCCUGUCCGCGCCGCCGGACUUGCGCCCGCGCCGUGCCCGUGGCUACCCAGCGCCCUGCCGCGCCGCGCCUUGCCGCCCGGCCCCCGCGCCGCUCACCGGCCUCUGCGCCGCGUCCCAGCCUCCGCGGCCGAGCCCGGCCGUGCAUGCUCCGCCUCGUCCUGCCGCCCGCCCCCCGCGCCGCUCACCGGCCUCUGCGCCGCGUCCCGGCCUCCGCAGCUCGAGCGUGGUGUGGCCGGCUCCGCCCGCCCACUCCCGCUCCAGGCUGUGGCCGCGCCCCGCCCGUGGCGCUUGCCCCGCGCGCUCCACCAGCACGCCCAUCCUGGCGUUCCUAGCGCAGCCCAGCCGGCGAGCCAAGGCGGUGGUGCACAAGCUAGUAUGGCUAUGGCGCUCUUUACGGGAGAAAAUCCCAAUCACGGGAACUACUCCUGUGAAAGAGAUAGAAUCUUAUCUCUUUGCAAGUUUUGCACUCUAG